CUGGCGACUGUUUGGUUUAAAUGGGAAACACAAAUUCGCGAACAGAAGUUGAGCUCAACAAUAUUUAUAUUUUCUAACGCUUAAAACUGUAUAUUCGUCUGCACAAUGGGUCCUGUCGAGGUAACAGUUUCUACCAACUAUGCAUUUACACUAUUCUCUUCUGAACAUAUCAGGAAUAGUAAUGUAAUCAACGGUAAUCAAGACGCCUGCUCAGAUAGCGAAGUAACACGAUUGCUAGCAAUGUGAUCGUAGCUAGUUAGUUCGUUUGCACUAGUUACAUGAACGCUUACAUACAUAUGUUAUUAGUCAUCUGUCUAGCUACAUUUGUUAGUUAAUGUUACUGUAACGUUAAACAUCUAGCUAGCUGUAUCAUGCCCAUUCAAUAUGUUUUAAAAUGCUGCUAUUGCUUUUAUAAGUCUGAUAUCUUAAUUACAUUAGCUAUGUGUCACUGUGUUCUUCGUCCAGCAACUCCACAUGACCGUGUUCUCCCAGAGUUUCUCUCCCUGUGGUCGCUUCCUAGCCGCCGGCAACAACUACGGCGAGAUAGCGGUGUUCAGGUGAGACCAGACAUGCAGUUUACUGGCUGCUUGCACUUUGACUAGUGCCAAAUACAAUGAUGUAAACAGAGAUGAUGUAAUCAGCCUGUCCUGCAAUAAAUAUUGGUCAUUUAAAUGUUUGAAUGGAUAAAGCACAUUUUUAUCUGAGGCGCACAAGUCCCAUGUAUCUUAUUUACGUUGGUUCUUUACAGUAAAAUGCUAUUCUGUUCAUGUUAUCAUUUUCCCCAGUCUCUCCUCAGCACUUAGCCCAGAUGCUACAGAUCUGAGCCAGAAACCCAUCCUCACAUUUACUGGUCAGUCUCUUGCCGUUGAUGUGUUCAAACCUUCUCUAUUUGCUUCUUUAUGGUAGAACACCAGUGUGAAAUAGCUUUCAAGACAUGCUGUAUCUCAUCCUUCAUCCCUAGAUUAAGUGGGACACCUGUCUCUCCCAGGCUGCCCCUCUUAACCCUCUUCUAUUGUUUAACUUUCUCUGUCUUUCUUCCCCUCACGCGUUUAUUCUCUCUCAGCUCAUGAGGGGCCCGUCUUCUCUCUCUUCUCCACGGACUCUCACCUCCUGAGUGCCGGCAAUGGCGAGAUCAGCGCCUGGAGCUGGGCGGAGCUUAUCAAGCGGGUAAGGCCGUUACAAGAUAAAGCAAGCAUACCAAAAUGAAUGGCUGUUUAUUGUGAACAGUAUGUAUUUCUAUACAGUCUAUGACGGUAUGUGACAUGGACCAAGUCUUUGUGUCUCUCUCCCAGAAUACCAAGGCUGCUUGGACAAGGAGGCCAAAUUACAAGUAAGGCACCAAUCAGCCGUAAGUUUGUUUUGAGAAAACACAAGAAAGUGUGUCUGUGUGUGGACUGUGUACAUGUGUGUUGGUUAUUUUAUCUCCAGAUGUUUGUCUUUGCUGUCUGAUGCUUGUAGCCAACAAGUGUGUUUCAUAAAUGCUCCUCUUUGCAGAUCCAGCCUGGAGAUCCCAGAGAUCAAUGCCAUGACCGUCAAUCCCACAGUGAGUACAAAGACACUUUCAUUAAGUACCUCACUCCACUGAGACAAGUUCUCUAUUAAAUUAAUGUCAUGAGUCAUAUGAGUAAUAUCUCUCUCUCUCUCUCUCUCUCUCUCUCUCUCUCUCUCUCUCUCUCUCUCUCUCUCUCUCUCUCAGGAGAACAGUCUAGUGAUUGGUGGAGGGGACAAUAACAUCCACAUAAUGGAUCUGGAAAGUGGCGUCUUUAAGGUUUGAGAAAUAUUAAUCGCUGCGAUUCUGUCUCAAGAUUUAGCCAUGUGAUGUUGAACAUUGAUAUAAAUAUUAUUUGUUGUUACAUCUCUUUUAAUUUCUCUUCCUCUCUUUCUUCCAAUUCUCUUUCUCUCUUCAUCCCUCCCUCUCUCGCUAUCCCACACUUAACCUUUAUGUUCAAUCUCUUUAUUGCUCUCUCUCCCUCCCUCCCCCAGUCAGUUCUUCAGGGUCAUACAGACUACAUUCACUGUCUGAGUGUGAGAGAGAGGGAGGGAGAGAUCCUCUCUGGGGGUGAGGACGGCGCUGUCAGGAUAUGGGGUGAGUGACGGAUGUAUCAACCCAUCACUGCCUCAGGUUCCGCUGUCAGUGACUGACACAUUUGGAAUCAAUGCAUGGCUGUAUUACAUUAUACUGUAGUGUUGUCAUGUAUCUCACUCUCUGAACGCUUCCUCCAGACUGCAGGACCGGCCAAUCCGUGCACUGCAUUGAGGUCUACAAAUAUGAGGUAAGGUAUUGGGAUGGGUGGGUGCCUGCCCCUACCCUCCAUAUGUACAGAAGUUAUAAUGUAGCAUCUUUCAUAAAUGCAAAAGUCAUUUUGUUUCACCAAAAACAUGUUUAUAUGUAGGCAGGGCAAACCUGUUUUGGUGAUUUCUGUUAUCAUCAAAAUAAAUACAUCACAGCAUAUUUUUGUACUCAUGAAGGAGUUGUUACCUGAUUUAAGUACAAUACCAAUGGAAAUUAAUGUUGAAAGUUCAAUUGAUAUAUUCCUAAAAUUUAAGUUGAAAAUGAUGCUGUUGUUGCUUCCUGUUGACAAGACAUAUUAAUAAAUAGCACAAUGUCAAAAGUUUUAAAUUGUCAAAAUCAAUAAUCAAUAUGCAGAAACAGUGAUCUAUUGAAAACUUAAACAAAAAAUGUACUAUCUACAGAUACAUGUGCAACAAUGGUAAUCAUAUUACUUGGGGGGGGGGGGGGGGGGGGGGGGGGGGGAUGCGCUGUUGAAACUACCAAGGCUCAAAAACCACAUGGAAACUGGAUAUAUUUUUACAUCACUGGUUAGAGGAAAACCUGCAGAACACAGUCGGCUACAUUUUGGAAUGUUGCAUUUUGGUACAUGGGUCACCAAAACAGACAGACAAACUACAGUCGUGGUCAACAUUUUUAAGAAUGACACAUAUUAAUUUUCACAAAGUGUGCUGCCUCAGUUUUCAUGAUGGCAAUUUGCAUUCCAGAAUGUUAUGAAGAGUGAUCAGAUGAAUUGCAAUUAAUUGCAAAGUCCCUCUUUGCCAUGAAAAUGAACUUAAUCCCCAAAAAAACAUUUCCAACGCAUUUCAGCCCUGCCACAAAAGGACCAGCUGACAUGUCAGUGAUUCUCUCGUUAACACAGGUGAGUGUUGAUGAGGACAAGAAUGGAGAUCACUCUGUCAUGCUGAUUGAGUUAGAAUAACAGACUGGAAGCUUUAAAAGGAGGGUGGUGCUUGAAAUCAUUGUCCUUCCUCUGUUAACCAUGGUUACCUGCAAGGAAACACGUGCCGUCAUCAUUGCUUUGCACAAAAAGGGCUUCACAGGCAAGGAUAUUGCUGCUAGUAAGAUUGCACCUAAAUCAACCAUUUAUCGGAUCAUCGAGAACUUCAAGGAGAGUGGUUCAAUUGUUGUGAAGAAGGCUUCAGGGCGCCCAAGAAAGUCCAGCAAGCGCCAGGACCGUCUCCUAAAGUUGAUUCAGCUGCGGGAUCGGGGCACCACCAGUGCAGAGCUUGCUCAGGAAUGGCAGCAGGCAGGUGUGAGUGCAUCUGCACGCACAGUGAGGCAAAGACAUUUGGAGGAUGGCCUGGUGUCAAGAAGGGCAGCAAAGAAGCCACUUCUCUCCAGGAAAAACAUCAGGGACAGACUGAUAUUCUGCAAAAGGUACAGGGAUUGGACUGCUGAGGACUGAGGUAAAGUCAUUUUCUCUGAUGAAUCCCCUUUCCGAUUGUUUGGGGCAUCUGGAAAACACCUUGUCCGACGAAGACAAGGUGAGCGCUACCAUCAGUCCUGUGUCAUGCCAACAGUAAAGCAUCCUGAGACCAUUCAUGUGUGGGGUUGCUUCUCAGCCAAGGGAGUGGACUCACUCACAAUUUUGCCUAAGAACACAGCCAUGAAUAAAUAAUGGUACCUCCCCCGAGAGCAACUUCUCCCAACCAUCCAAGAACAGUUUGGUGACAAACAAUGCCUUUUCCAGCAUGAUGGAGCACCUGCACCAUAAGGCAAAAGUGAUAACUAAGUGGCUCGAGGAAAACACAAAGCCUCGAACAUGUUGGGUCCAUGGCCAGGAAAACUCCCAGACCAUUAAUCCCAUGAAACUCUGGCGUCAUCCUAACGAGGCGGGUGGACAACAAACAACCCAGAAGAAAUGCUGCAAACUCCAAGCAUUGAUUAUGCAAGAAUGGGCUUGCCAUCAGUCAGGAUGUGGCCCAGAAGUUAAUUGACAGGCAUGCCAGGGGGAUUUGCAGAGGUCUUGAAAAAGAAGGGUCAACACUGCAAAUAUUGAUCUUGCAUAUAAACUUUAUGUAAUGUAAAUAAACCUGAAACUUAUGGAAUGCUUGUAAUUAUACUUUCAGAUAUACAAUUAGUAACAUCUGACAAAAAUAUCUAAAAAACACUGAAGCAGCAAACUUUGUGAAGACCAAUACUUGUGUCAUUCUCAAAACUUUUGACCACGACUGUACAAUGUUUUGUCAAUCACUCCUAUCGAUUAUCACAUUGAAAUCAAUUGCGCAAAAGGAGGGAGAUGAGGUCUCGCGAGGUUGUUGGUAGAGCAUGGUACUUGCAACGCCAGGGUUGUGGGCUCAAUUCCCAUGGGGGACCAGUACGAAAAUGUAUGCACACUACUGUAAACUGUAAGUCACUGCAUAAGAGCGUCUGCUCUUGAUGACUAAAAUGUAAUAGUAAUGCUGCAUGUCCUGUUAAAACUAACACAGCUCAAAAAACACACGGAAUCUGGGAAUAAUGUGUACAUCACUGGUUAGAGGAGAAUUUGUAGAAGACCGCUACAUUUUGAAGUUGUAUUUUGAUUCAAGUGGGUCGCCAACGUGGUAAGGGUAACGCAAUACUUUUUUGUUAAUCACUUCCAUCGAUAUCACGCUGAAAUCAAUAUAACAUUUGGGUGUGUAGCGCUGUUUAAACUAACACUAUUCAAAGGCCACAUAGAAACUUGGAAUAACUUAUACGUUGUUGGUUAGAUUAUAAUUUGUAGAAGGCUUCUAUCUAUAUUUUGGAAUGGUGGAUAUUGAUUUUGGGAGGCUGCCAUCAUGGAGAAGGGGGGGAAAAACACUUUCAACUAAUCACGACCCUCCAUAGGCUAUCAACAGUGACAACGGUUGGUUGCUAUUUAAGUGAUCGUUUGACUGUCACGUCUGUGUAUUGAUGUGCUGCUAGCGUCUUUCAUAGAGCGACCCCCCCCCCAAAUUAUCCAUGCCAUUUGAGAAAGAAAAUGAUGGCUGCCUUCUAAGUCCUGCGACCCCAAUGAUAAAAUCUACAGUACAAAACCAAAGAUAUUGAUCAGUUUAAAGCAAUUUAUCUUUUGUCAUCGUGUUGAAUAUAAACUUUGAAACUAACAUCACCAAUCUGAGGGAAAAGGAUAGGUAAUUCCCCCCCAAUUCGAUGUGGUCAAAACGUUAGCUUGUGUAAUGUAGUAACACAUACUGUCCAUAUCAUGGAAAUUGUAUAAUAUACAUUAAUUAGAGAUGGCAAAAUAAUUAUCUUCAUUUACGAUGAAAGUAAAUUAAGCAAACUAACAGACUUUUUCAAUUAUCACAUUUCUCACUAGUUUAACCAUUUUUAGAGAUUAAAAAAUGCUCCUAAACACAAUUUAACCAGACAGGCAGUCUACAAUAGAGCGUUCAUGGGGCCUGCCGAGCAGCAGGUUGAACAUUUGACAUACCUAUUUUAUGGCACCUUUUCUGCAGAUUGCGGAACAAAAUACACAUCAAACUACUCUCUCACUUCUCUGUCUCACGCCCUCUCUCUCUUCCUAGGACUGUGCACGCCCCCAAUAUGGCAAGUGGAUCAGCUGCCUGACGACCGACUCUGAUUGGAUGGUGAGGAAAGGGCAGCCCUUGCGAUUAGUUGUUUUUUCCUUCUCUAUUAACAGUCCCUUCCUCAUCGGAUGAGCUCGCUCUCUUUCUAGGCAUUGUCCAGACCAGCGUUGCCAAUUUAGCGACUUUGUCGCUAUAUUUAGCGAGUAUUCAGACCCCUCUAGCUACACAUAAAAAAAGCGACUAGCAACAAAUCUAGUGACUUUUUCUGGUGUUAUUGGAGACUGACGUGAAAGCACGUAUCAUUCUUACUCUUCUCCUCUUCUCAACGAGCAGCGGGUGCUGCUGUGGGGGUGGGAGCCCCCCCCCGUCCCAAAGCACUCACAGGCGGCCCAGUCCUCGCGCAGCUUUUUACUCACUUUUUGUCUCUCCCACGACGUUAUUCCUCUCCUACCGUGUCAUCACAAUUACAUGCACAUGGCCAAUUAUGCAAAUUAGGCGAUGACGUAAAUUAGCGACUUUUAGGGCAGCCAAUAGCUACUUUCCUUACUGAGGAGUUGGCAACACUGGUCCAGACUUGUUCAGUACCUCAGUAUGAAAUGUGGCACUUAUGUUGUUAUCAGUGUGGUUGCCGUGGCGAUACAUUAGGGUCGACUCCACCUGUUGAACGUCUCAAGCUGUUAUCUUUUACUCCUUCAGGAUGAAAAGUCGAGAUGCCAGAAUUUUUUUCUCCCCAAUUCAGAUACUGUAUCAUUACUCAUCAUUUCCUCCUGCAAUUUGAUCUCCUUUAAUGUAAUUAAAUAAUUCUCCCUAACCCCUGUCCCUUAUUUUCCCCCACCAGCUCUGUGGAGGAGGCCCAUCCCUCUCUCUAUGGCACCUCCGCUCCAUGUCACCCACCUCCAUCUUCCCUCUCUCUGGAUGCCAGCGACAAGCCAACUUUUACCAGGACAUGGUGAGAUAAGAGUGUGUGUGAUCUUCAGGGUGGGUGUGUGUGGGUCAGACUGUGUGUGGGAAGGAAGAAAGAGCGUUUAUGGGUUUGUCUUUCUCUCAGUGUGUGUAUUUGUGACCUCUUCCCCCCCCACCUGUAGAUCUUGUCGGUGGGUGAGGGCCAGUGUGUGUCCCACUGUCUCCUGGGGGGAGAGGUAAAGGCUCAGAUCCCCUGCACCCCCCACUCCCUCAACACGCUGGCACUUAACCUCAACAGCACUGAACACAGGGUGAGAGUCGUUAGACAGACCAUCUGAACACUCUAUAUUACUCAUCCAACCCCUCAGGUUAAAUGUCCUCCUUCGCUCAUCGCCCUUGUUGUCUUCCUGUUCUCGUUCAUAAAUCCUGUGUGGCUCAGUUGGUAGAGCGUGGCCCUUGCAACGCCAGGUUGUAGGUUCGAUUACCAAGGGAUACCAGUACGAAAAAAGUAUACUAAUGACUAAAAUGUAAUAAAUUGUUUUGUCCACAUCACAUCGACGCCUCAGUACAUGUUGUCUUCUGUUGUCUUUGCUGUUCCAGGUGCUGACAGUAGGUGGAAGCAGUCACCAGAUAGACGUAUUCACCAACCUGUCCUACAGAACCUUCUCGCUGUCUUUCUGAGGACACACAUAUAACCCGAUUUUAAGCUCAUAAUGUGGUAUGUCUUGAUUAAUUGUACUACACAAUUCUGUACAUAAAACGCAUGCCUCUCUUGUCCAAAGGACGCCCAUUCCAGGAUUCAUCCUGAUGUUUUUGUAUGAUAAUAAAAUAUUUUGAUCGCUUUUCCAUAUCUGUGCAUCAGUCUUGAUGAUAAAUUAACCCCUGCAUUAUGCUCUGAAGGAAUACGUUGUCUGAAAUAGCUGAAUGUCUUGUCUACAUAAAGUCUUGGAUUGAUCAAUUUAGAUUUCUAGAAUAUUGGGUUAUCUCCCCAGUGUUUCUAUUUCAUAUUUGUAGAGAUAGUAAGUAACCCAGCCUACUACUAUAAUA